AUGCUUACAACUCACGAGGCGGAGGUUAUAUAUAAAUAGAAGAAAUCGGAACAGAGUUUAAGGUCGUUCGCAGCACUUCAAAGCGAAGGGUAGUCGUCGCCAUGAUCUCUCAGUUCUUUGUGCUGUCUCAGAGAGGCGAUAACAUCGUCUUCCGCGACUAUCGUGGUGAUGUACAAAAAGGAAGUGCGGAGAUAUUUUUCCGUAAAGUGAAAUUUUGGAAAGAAGAUGGUGAAGAAGAGGCACCACCUGUCUUUAAUGUGGAUGGUGUGAACUACUUCCAUGUGAAGGUUGUGGGAUUGCUGUUUGUUGCAACCACGAGAGCCAAUGUGUCACCUUCCCUUGUGUUGGAGCUUUUACAAAGGAUUGCACGUGUCAUCAAAGAUUAUCUUGGAGUUCUCAAUGAAGAUUCAUUUCGAAAAAAUUUUGUGCUUGUGUAUGAGUUGCUAGAUGAAGUUAUUGAUUUUGGUUAUGUGCAAUCAACAUCUACUGAAGUCUUGAAGUCCUAUGUAUUUAAUGAGCCAAUUGUGGUUGAAGCUGCACGCUUACCAACCCUUGGCCCUGCUGGCAUCUUUAUGCAAGGGACCAAAAGAAUGCCCGGAACAGCUGUCACGAAAUCUGUCGUAGCAAAUGAACCAGGGGGUAGAAAAAGGGAGGAAAUUUUUGUGGAUAUAAUUGAGAAAAUAAGUGUUACGUUCAGCUCCAGUGGAUAUAUACUGACUUCUGAGAUUGAUGGCACUAUUCAAAUGAAGAGUUAUCUUAGUGGCAAUCCUGAAAUCCGGUUAGCUCUCAAUGAGGAUCUGAGCAUAGGAAGAGGCGGGAGAUCAAUCUAUGACUAUAGUGGUUCCUCUGGGUCUGGAGCUGUGAUUCUAGAUGAUUGCAACUUCCAUGAAUCUGUACAUCUUGAUAGUUUUGAUAUUGACAGGACUCUCAGUUUGGUGCCACCAGAUGGUGAAUUUCCUGUCAUGAAUUACCGUAUGACUCAGGAAUUCAAGCCUCCUUUUCGUAUUAACACUUUGAUUGAAGAAGCUGGGGCACUUAAGGCUGAAGUGAUUCUGAAAAUACGUGCUGAAUUUCCUUCAAGCAUCAAUGCAAACAGCAUUCAAGUGCAGAUGCCACUGCCAAAGUAUACCGCUAGAGUUAGUUUUGAGUUGGAACCUGGUGCAGUUGGUCAAGUGACUGAUUUCAAGGAGUCAAAUAAGAGACUUGAAUGGGCUCUUAAAAAGGUUGUUGGCGGAUCUGAACAUACACUGCAUGCAAAGCUGACAUUUUCACAGGAAUCACAUGGAAACAUCACAAAGGAAGCUGGACCUGUCAGCAUGACCUUUACAAUACCAAUGUAUAAUGCCUCAAGGCUUCAGGUGAAGUACUUGCAGAUAGCCAAGAAAUCGAAAACAUACAAUCCAUAUCGAUGGGUAAGAUAUGUUACCCAGGCCAAUUCUUAUGUUGCUCGCAUAUGACAUAGGGAAGACACUCGUCUCUUUUGUUUCCAUUUUGUCUUCUUCCUUUCGUUCUGUUUUCUUUUUCUUGACUUGGUUAUGUUGUUAUGUUAUCAAUUUGAUUAUAUAAAUUAUUGUAACAUCAUGCAUAUAUUCACAUACACAUGCUGUUAAGAAUCAUUCACUAAAAGACCAGGGAACAUCUAUCUUAUCUUCUCUCAUUUAACGAAUUUUGAGCC